UGCCUUACAUCUGUGGUGACAUAUGAAACGCCAGAUAACAUUUGUGCAUCUUUUAUAUGCAAUUAGUGCAGUUAUCCGCUUCUUUGAGCCACUCCCUCGUUCUUUUCGGCUCAUUUGUGAGAGCGCACCGACACAACGACUAAAGGCAGACAGACAGCGUGUUGAGGCUCUUUAUGCUUUAUAUAGAUCAUGUUACAAAAUACAUCUCGGAAUGCGAUGAAUGAAGAGAGGAUUCAAGUGGAAGUCGUCAAUAGAUGUUGAACCAGUCGUGCGUAAAAAGCGAAAAUGGCACAGGAUUUAAAUUCUUCCUCCUGACAUCGAACUGCCAGCGCAGCGCCUCCCCAGAUCUGGCGCCCUAGGCGAACAUCUAUAACGCCAGUGCUACGGGCCGGCCCUGGAAUGAAUGGAAGAUGUUCACUACCGAGACUCAGAAGAAAGUCAUUCUGUCGUUCACUCCUGUCACUGCUGACACUAUGUCUACUGCUGCUGGUCAGUGUGGAGUACAGAAACAUCACUGAGCCUCUACCCCCCAAAGCAGCUUUAGAUGGCAUCCAGGCAUAUCAAAAGUACAAUAUUAACUGUCCGGCUAUUUAUGACAUGGACCCAGUGGAGGUGGGUAAAUCACUUGUCAUCAGACGUGAAGUUGUGGAGGACACCGAUGAAUGUCUGAUUAACCUCACCUCAAACUGCCCAUCAUUCAUCAAAGCCAGAGGUUAUGAUGUUGUUCGAGUCUCACAGCAGGAGAGAGACUUUCCUCUUGCUUACUCAAUUGUUGUGCAUAAAUCUGCAUUGAUGAUAGAGAGACUCAUCAAAGUGGUGUACUCGCCCAGUAACAUCUACUGUAUCCACUAUGAUCAGAAGUCCUCAGGACAGUUCAUCUCAGCCGUGGAGGGGUUAGCCCGCUGUCUGCCUAAUGUCUUCAUAGCCUCCAAGCGAGAAUCCGUCUUUUACGCCAGCUUCAGUCGAUUGAAAGCAGAUCUCAACUGUCUCUCUGACCUUUUGAAGUCGGAAGUCCAAUGGAAGUAUGUCAUCAACCUCUGUGGCCAAGAUUUCCCCCUCAGGUCCAACUUUGAGAUAGUGUCAGAACUGAAGAAGUUAAAUGGGUCCAAUAUGCUAGAGACAAGCCGGCCCAGUGAGAGCAAGAAGCAAAGGUUCACCUUAAGCUACAAACUGAUGGAUUUCAAAAUUGAGUUAAAAAAACUUCCAAUGAAAACAGAGCAGAAGAAGACGCCACCUCCACACGGCAUCGAGAUGUUCAUCGGCAGUGCUUACUUUGUCUUGUCACGGGAGUUUAUUGUGCACAUAGACUCCUUAGCUGUGGUGAAGGAUUUCCUGGCCUGGUCAGAGGACACCUACUCUCCAGACGAACACUUCUGGGCAACCCUUGUGCGCCUGCCAGGUGUUCCUGGAGAGGUGCCCAGAUCCCAGCCCGACAUCACUGACCUCAUGAGUAAGGCCAGGCUGGUGAAGUGGGAGUACCUGGAGGAAGCACUGUACCCACAAUGCUCGGGGAAACACGUCCGCAGCAUUUGCAUUUUUGGUGCAGGCGAGUUGCGUUGGUUACUCAACUAUGGUCACUGGUUCGCCAAUAAGUUCGACCCAAAGGUGGACCCAAUUAUUAUUCAGUGCCUUGAGGAGAUGCUGGAGGAAAAACAAACAGUUAUUUAAAUCAGCAACAUCUCAUUCCCAACAUAAGGGUUAACCAAAGCUACAGUAUAUGAAAAAACAGAUGCUUUAAGUUUCCAGAAAUGUGAGAAUUUGCUGAUUUUUUUUUGUCUUAUGUUCAUCAAUCAAAACAGGACCUUUGAAUGCAUCAAUUUGGGUUUUAAGCAUUCAUGGAGUUUAUUUGUACACCUUUUUACAAACAAACGGGUUAAUUAAUAAUGAAAAUAACCUUAAAUUGCAACCACAGGGAUCUAGACUUUUACAUUGUAGAGCUUAUGAUCUAUUUGUAUUCAUAUAUUGACAUUCAGUUGUUGCAGUUUCACAAGCUAUAAUCAUUGUAUAGUGCAUUUUCAAAAGCCAACAUGCAUGUGGUGUCAUCAUUUUAUUUCAUACCUUUAAAAGGGUGAGUUCAUUCAAAUAAAGUGUCUCCUAAACAAGAAUAAAUCUUCACUUCAGCCCCAACACUUUGUUCCUCAUGUGCCCAGUGUGAGCAAAUGAGAAGGAACCUUUAACAUGUUCCUGUUACUCAGGAAAACCCAGAGAGUUCACAUUUCUUUUGAACCACUCUCUAACAGAUUGUCAUCUUGAGUAUGUAAUGUAUGUGCCAUUCUGGUGGGGGUGAGGUGCAGUAAGACAAAAAAAAAAGAGCAUAGCAUAAGGUUGAAUAACUCGGUUAAGGAAAUGGGAGUGCUAACAAAUCCUCAGUCGUUUCAACAUAUUGCAGACAAACAAGUAUGAAAGUGAUGCUUUACAUAUACUUUACAUACUCAUAUAAUAGUGUGUGUUCAUUUUUACAUGUAGUGUAUUUGCCUAUAAAAAAGUUUGCAGUUUCUUUGUCGUUUGAUAUGUAGUUAAUCUAUGUAUUUAUUUGUGUCUAUUUUGUUAUGUCAUUAAAUAAUUUCUGAAAAUGCAAAUAAUAAAAAGAUAAAUACAAGUUUUCCAACAUAUUUUACUUUAGAGAUUAAAAUUCACACUUAUUUUGAGACAUGUACAUAUACUCUGUUUUGAUUAAGAACUUGUGCUUUGAACAUUUACUUCUGUGAAUUCAAUAAAUGUAUAGGUGACAGUGAACACUGAAUGUACUGUAUGAAAAAGCCUCUCAUUUAACCUUUUUCAUGAAUAAUAUGACUGAGGUAUUUCCACUCAGAGCACUGACUAAAGGAUAUCUGACAGGCAUUAAGUCUUCAAAUGAGCGAGAACAUUUGAAAGAUGCACAGGAAAGGAUAAACAUAGACUAAAGUUUUGAGUCAUCUGUGUUUCACUUCACUCUUUUAACUUUCGUCGCAGGCUGUCAUUUUCGUUUCAUGAGCACUAACUUUGCACUGUUUUUGUUAAGGUUCACUUUCAAUAAAGACUGCUGAUCAAAACUUUGAA